AUGGACGCGGGCGUCGUCGGACUUCAGGACUGGGCACUCAACUCAUCUCAGACUACAAUCGACCCUCUUGAAGCCAGGAGCAGGACAUCGGCGUCUCAAUUCCACAAGUCAAGCUUCCGCGGUACGCAAAAGGAGAGAGCAAUGGCCCCCUCUUACAGCGCGCAGGCCCUGUUCGAGGUUAAGAACCUCGUGGCCGUCGUCACCGGCGGAGGCUCCGGGCUGGGCAAGGUCAUCGCCCACGCGCUGGCGGCCAACAGCGCCAAGGCAGUCUACAUCCUCGGCCGGCGCGAGGAAGCCCUCGUCCAGACCAGAGACUCGUCCCCGAACCCCGACGUCACCCACCUCAUCGUCUGCGAUGUCACAUCCAAGGACUCGUUGGCGGCGGCGGCGGACCGGGUGCGCAAAGACGUGAGCUACUGCAACGCCGUCUUCGCCAACCGCGGCAUCGCCAUGGCGGGCGUCGGCGACGCGAUCCGGCACGUGGGCAGCUCGUCGGCAAAGAGCCUUCAGGAGAAGCUGUGGGCAUCCAGCAUGGGCGAGCUCACCAAGACGUUCCACGUCAACGUCACGGGCGCCUUCUACACGGCCGUCGCCUUUCUGGAUCCGCUCGACGAGUCCAACAAGCGCCUCGUCGUGUCCUGA